GAUGCUGAGGAGGUUCUGGAGAGCGGCCUGCUCCUGGAAGAGUCUGGAAUACUGUACGCUGGACUGGAGCGACACACGGAGGAGUGGAGCGUCGAGCCGCGCUGUAGUUUGAAUGAUAGUGAAUCUGAGGAGGUUCUGAACGCCAUGAACCCGAACGAGAUGUACACGUCAGCGGUGUGUGAGAGCGACAGCGGUCUGUCUGAAGAUCAGUCCUUAGACGGAGCCCACGAGCAGAACCUCGGUAACGCUGUCUAUCAGGUGGUGUAUGACAUCAGUGGUGUGGGCGGAGCCUCGGAGCAGCAGACGCCACAGAUGGACGUGAUCUCCAUCGAGCUGGAUGAGUGGAGCUCUCAGAUGCUGCUGGCCGACUCGUGUGUGGUCAACGAGCUGGUGUCGUCUGUCAAAGUGGAGGACGUUUCUGCUCAUCACGUGCAGAACAUUCAGAACCCCGAUGGUUUUAUGGUUUAUCCUGAACUCCAGCUCACAGAGGAGGAGCAGAAGCUGCUGGAUCAGGAGGGAGUCUCACUGCCCAAUAACCUGCCCUUAACGAAGUCAUGUAGUUUGUGUGGUCAUCGUGUGUGUUUCAGGACUCUUGUGGCUCAGCUGCACAAACUGCAGGCUUUGAUCAAGCAAACGGCCACCAAAGCGGCACAGACGAGCACGUGCAUCAUGAUCCUCCUCUUCUCUCUGGCUCUGCUCAUCUUCCCCAGUUACAGUCCGUUCAGCCGUCGUUCUCCGUCGGCGGAGGACACUUACGCUCCGGCCGCCGUGAUUUCCAGAAGCAUCCUGAAUGAGGUGGACUCUCUUCCGCUCCUGGAGGAUCCUGUAGAAGAUGAUCCGAUGUCUUCAGAGCCUCUGCCGCCCGCAUCCGAACACAAACCUGCAGACGCAGACGGGCCGCAGGAUUGGAGUGGAGGCCAGAGGAACGGCUCGGCCGCGGCGGAAGGAAACGCAGACGCAGACAAACCACCGCACGCUGAUGAAAUAUACAGGUGUGUCUGAGCCUGCAGCGCUCUUCAUCAUCAUCAUCAGAGGAUAAUCAUUAUGUGCUUUAGUGAGUCACAACCCAACAAUAAUCAUAUCAAUGUUUGAUUUAAGGACUCUUGUUUGUGCGUGGUUUUUUAUUAAGUAAAUUUUUACUCAUCUGACACUGAUCGGAUAUCAUUGCACACAUGAGUGAGGUUUGAAAUCAGCUUCAAAUCUGAUUUCUGAAGAUCAUGUGACACUGAAGACUGGAGUAAUGAUGCUGAAAAUACAGCUGCGCA